GGACUCUCGUACUUACAAUUCUUCUUACCUCUCAUUCGGUCAUAUCUCUUCUCUUUGCUUCAUCAAGUAUCCCAACCCUUUCUUCAUCUAAACCAUAUUCAUCACUCUUUGCCAGUUUAUUUUCCUUCUCACUUUCUCGCCUUCCAAAUAUGUCCAUUAACCAUUUCCCCACUGACUUACAAGAAACCUCCUGGACUUCUCCCCAACAACAACAACAACAACAACAAUCCUUAAAUAUGGAGCCAACCCAUUAUCACAACUCCUCUUCAAACCAACAACAACAAUUCAGUUAUUGGCCUUCUCAUCAACAAUUCUUCCUCCACCGCCAUUAUCCCACUAUGUUUCCUCCCCACUUCCAUUAUCAAGCUUUGAACUUUAAUCUUAACCAGGAGGGGCAGGAUGAGGCAAAUGCCCCCGCUGACACCAGCCGAGAUCAUGAGGCUGAGGUUGAAAAAGAACCCAUGUUUGAGAAACCCUUAACUCCCAGCGACGUGGGGAAGCUCAACCGUCUGGUGAUACCCAAACAGCACGCAGAGAAAUACUUCCCACUCGGCGGCGGCGGCGACUCGGGGGACAAAGGAUUAUUACUGAGCUUUGAAGAUGAGUCCGGGAAGUGCUGGAGAUUUCGGUACUCUUAUUGGAACAGUAGCCAGAGCUACGUGUUGACGAAAGGGUGGAGCCGAUACGUGAAGGAGAAAGGAUUAGAUGCUGGCGAUAUAAUUCUUUUCGAGCGCCAUAGAACAGACGGCGAAAGGUUGUUUAUAGGGUGGAGACGCCGCGGCGCUACGGUGGCUUCAGACAGUCAUAGUGGCAGUGGCUGUGGUAAUGGUGGCGGCGAUGGCGGUGGGUGGAGCAGAGGGUUGUAUUUAGGCUCACCACAUCCUUAUCGUCCUGCUCAACCCCAUGGAGUCACUGUGCCACACCAACCUGACUGUCUUCAUGCAGGGACCGUGGCUCAGAACCCAGCUGGGAAUUCGAAGACUUUGAGGCUGUUUGGGGUGAACAUGGAAUGCCAGCUUGAUGGUUUCAAGCCGCUGAUGUCGAGCCAUGGUCAAGCUCAUGGUUACAGCAACCAGCAGCAGUUCAAUUACUCUCAGGUUUUUUCUUCAAACCGUCGUAAUUACAUGGAUCUCACUUUGUCCCAAGGAUGUCAACCAGAUGAUGAGAAAUCGCCAAGGAUAAGAUCUGGGGGAUGUGACGUUCAGGAUUUGACUUAAAUUCAAACCCCACUUGGGAGAUCAAGAAAUUUAUAAAUAUUUUAUCAGAAGAAGAAAAACCCAGAAAAAAUCAUAAAAAAAUUUAUAAAAAAAACCUGAUUAUGAGGAUGGGUGGGGUCACAUACCCCAGAAGAUGAUGGGAUGAUGAGAAGAGAAAGAGAGGAAUCUAUUUGGAACUGUUGAGAUUCUGCCUGAAGAUUUUUCCCAUAGAAAUUUGAUGAGGGGUGGAGGUAGUGGGGUGGUGAUGGGCGGUGGUGGUGGUGGGUAGGCUUUGAAUUGAUGGGACUACAAGCCCAUUCCUUUCUUUUUCUUUGUUUCUCUUUCUUUGUAAUUUUCAAUAGUGAGAGGAAGAAGGCAUUAAAGGUUUUGAAAAA